GGGCGGGCGUAUUCAAUGGAAGUAUGUUACCAGCUGCCGGUGCUGCCCCUGGACAGGCCGGUCCCCCAGCACGUCCUCAGCCGCCGAGGGGCCAUCAGCUUCAGCUCCAGCUCCGCGCUCUUCGGCUGCCCCAAUCCCCGGCAGCUCUCACAGAGGCGUGGAGCUAUCUCCUAUGACAGCUCUGAUCAGACUGCGUUGUACAUUCGUAUGCUAGGAGAUGUACGCGUAAGGAGUCGAGCGGGAUUUGAAUCAGAAAGAAGAGGUUCUCAUCCAUAUAUUGAUUUUCGUAUUUUUCACGCUCAAUCUGAAAUCGAAGUUUCUGUGUCUGCAAGGAAUAUCAGAAGGUUACUAAGUUUCCAGCGGUAUCUUAGAUCGUCACGCUUUUUCCGUGGUACCAGCGUUUCGAAUUCUCUAAACAUUUUAGAUGAUGAUUAUAAUGGACAAGCCAAGUGUAUGCUGGAAAAAGUUGGAAAUUGGAAUUUUGAUAUCUUUCUAUUUGAUAGACUAACAAAUGGAAAUAGUCUAGUAAGUUUAACCUUUCAUUUAUUUAGUCUUCAUGGAUUAAUUGAGUACUUCCAUUUAGAUAUGAUGAAACUUCGCAGAUUUUUAGUUAUGAUCCAAGAAGAUUACCACAGUCAAAACCCUUACCACAAUGCAGUCCACGCUGCAGAUGUUACUCAGGCCAUGCACUGUUACCUAAAAGAACCUAAGCUUGCCAAUUCUGUAACUCCUUGGGACGUCUUGCUGAGCUUAAUUGCAGCUGCCACUCAUGAUCUGGAUCAUCCAGGUGUUAAUCAACCUUUCCUUAUUAAAACUAACCAUUACUUGGCAACUUUAUACAAGAAUACCUCAGUACUGGAAAAUCACCACUGGAGAUCUGCAGUGGGUUUAUUGAGAGAAUCCGGUUUAUUCUCACAUAUGCCAUUAGAAAGCAGACAACAGAUGGAGGCUCAGAUAGGCGCUCUGAUACUGGCCACGGACAUCAGCCAGCAGAAUGAAUACCUGUCCUUGUUUAGGGCCCAUCUGGACAAAGGCGACUUACGUCUGGAAGACAUCAGGCAUAGGCAUUUGGUUCUACAGAUGGCUUUGAAAUGUGCUGAUAUUUGUAACCCAUGUCGGACCUGGGAAUUAAGCAAGCAGUGGAGUGAAAAAGUAACAGAGGAGUUCUUCCAUCAAGGAGAUAUAGAAAAAAAGUAUCAUCUGGGUGUGAGUCCACUUUGUGAUCGUCAGACCGAAUCUAUUGCCAACAUCCAGAUUGGUUUUAUGACGUAUCUCGUGGAGCCUCUGUUCACAGAAUGGGCCCGGUUCUCCAACACCAGGCUGUCCCAGACAAUGCUCGGGCACGUGGGGCUGAACAAAGCCAGCUGGAAGGGACUGCAGCGAGAACAGUCCAGUAGCGAGGACGCUGAUGCUGCAUUUGAGGAGCUGAACUCACAGUUAUUACCUCAGGAGAACCGGUUAUCCUAACCCCCCCGGUCAGUGGGCAGCUGCCUCUGGAGCUCGUAAGAAAUGUGAAUGGGGUCUUGAGGUGAGAGAACUUCACUCUAGACUGCCAAGGGAAGUGAAUGACGCCAGCAUUAUUUAUUUCCAAGAUUUCCUCUGUUGGAUCAUUUGAACCCACUUUUUAAUUAUAAGACCCAAACAUACAGCAAUAUGCAUUUGGCUUUCGUGUGAAACCUUGAAUAUGCAAAGCCCAGCGGGAGCGAACCGAAGGGAAUAACAAAGUUUUGCAGGAAGUUUUGCGGUGGCCCUCGUGCUUCUCGAAGCAUCAUGAAAACUUGAACCGAAGCCUUCAGCAGAAAUCUUUGGAAUUUAACCCGUCUGACGCGACAGUGUGUAUCUGUUACCUUCCACUAAGUUCUCUCGGAGAAAAUGGAAAUGUGAAGUGCCCAGCCUCUGCGCCUCAGGCCAGACUCGAUGUUUACAGACCAACUCUGAAAUACUGGUUCUCAAUCCGCCUCGGAGCAUGACUGUGAAGGAACCACUAAGAAUUUUAAAGAUCAAACCUAAACUGCGGCUCUUUCCCCCGGUUUGCCUUUCUUCUUCUUUGGAUGCCACCAAAGCCUCCCAUUUGCUGUCGUUUUAUUUUGUGCACUGGAAACUGAGCAUUUAUCCUAGAGUGCCGCCGGGCUUUCACUCCAGUGCUGUUUGGCAAUGCAAUUUUUUUUAACUCCUAGUUUUUAAUUCGGGGCGGGUGGGGCAGAACCCGUGUCCUAGCUGUAUUAUGAUUCCGCAGUGAAGACGUCGCAUGUUGUUUUCACUAAUGUACACUUGACCUGCACACGCAAGAAAAGGGUGGAAUGUUUUAAAACACCAUAAUCAGCUCAGGGUAUUGCCAAUAUGAAAUAAAGUGGGGUGGGCCGGUGUGUCCUUCAGAGCAAGGGCACUAAAGUCCCUCUCGCUGCAGGGAGUGAGAGGUAUGUUGUGUGUGUGCGGAUGUGUGUGUGGCGCACGCUCGUGCAUGUGUGACUGUGCAUGUGUUCUAUUUAUCCACGUGGGAAGGAUUGGGAACGUCAGCUUUUAUUUAUUAUUUUAGAAUGUGACAUAAUGAGCAGCCACACGUGGGGAGGGGAAGGGAGGUCAGCUGUAACAGAUCGCUCCAGAUGCCUUAAACUAUGCACAAAGCUAAGUGACCAAACUUCUUGUUUUGAUUUGAAAAAAGUGCAUUGUUUUCUUGUCCCUCCCCCUUUGAUGAAACGUUACCCUUUGAUGGGCCUUUUGAUGUGAACAGAUGUUUUCUAGGACAAAAUCUAAGGACUAAUUUUAAACUUACAACAUUCCACUUUUGUAAUUUGUUUUAAAAUGUUUUAUGUGUAGUAAGCACAACUGUAAUCUAGUUUUAAGAGAAACCGGUGCUUUCUUUUAGUUCAAUUGUAUUUCCCUUGUUACUGUAAAGGACUGUUUAUUAAUUAUGUUUACAAGUUUGUUGCAACAGUCAUUUUCUUGGGAGAAAGCUUGAGUGUAAAGCCAUUUGUAAAAGGCUUUGCCAUACUCAUUUUAAUACGUGCCUGUUGCUGUUAACUUUUGACGAAU